AUGCGUUUCUCCGUCAUCUCUGUUUCCCUCCUCUCCCUCUUUGCCUCCUCGGCCCUGGCCAUCCCCGCCUCCUCCGGCUCCCUGAGCUGCAGCCAGAUCAGCCAGGACAUCGCCACCUACCAGGCCCGUCUGGACAAGGCCAGCGAUGCCAGCUCUGAGCAGGUUCAGGCUGCCCAGAACGCUAUCAACUCGGCCAAGAACCUUGAGACCGCUCAGUGCGGCUCGUCCAGCAAGAGAUCCUACUACCCUCCUGAGAGCACUGGAUUGAUUGUUGUGUUGAACACUGAUGCUAUCCUCAUCACUCAACCCUCAGCUAACAACCCCAAAGGAAGACCUUGGUCUGUAAAUGGCCACCCCACGGCAGGGGAGCGGACCCCCGAUGUCCCGCCCGGGAUUGUCCCGGUUAACUGCCCCGAGUCGAUAUUCGAACGAUGGAGGAAUGCAAGGCGCAAUGUGACCUCGGCAUAG